UAUAAAUACCUCAUAUCGCCUCUCCCUAACCUUUCAUGCAUUACAAUUCCAAUUUCUCUAUCUUUCUCAUUCUUUUCCUCUCCUUGUUUUCACCAAACAAGAAUCAUGGUUGUUUUGUCUAAACCAUCCUUAAACAACUUCCUACUCCCAAAAUCACCAUGCAAACCAACAACAACUAUGUUCAAUGGAAUACCUGUCAUCGACCUCACAGACCCGGAUGCAAAGACACAGAUUGUGAAUGCUUGUAAGGAGGUUGGAUUCUUCAAAGUUGUCAACCACGGAGUUUCAUCCGAACUUAUAUCGAAGUUGGAAAACGAAGCACUUAUAUUCUUCAGGAAGUCACAGUCGGAGAAAGACAGAGCUGGUCCUCCUGACCCUUUUGGUUAUGGAAGUAAGAAAAUCGGAUCGAACGGUGAUGUUGGUUGGGUUGAAUAUAUUCUUCUUAAUACCAAUCCUGAUGUUGUCUCCAAUAAGUCACUCGCCAUUUUCCUGGAAAUUCGACCGAAUUUAAGGACUGCUGUGGAAGAUUAUAUUGAUGCAAUGAAGAAAAUGUGUUAUCUAGUAUUGGAACUUAUGGCGGAUGGAUUGGAGAUUGAGCCAAGGAAUGUGAUAAGCAGAUUAUUGAGAAAUGAGAAAAGUGAUUCUUGUUUCAGAAUUAACCAUUACCCACCGUGUCCUGAAGUGCAACAAGGAGCAUUAAAAGGAAAGAAUUUAAUAGGGUUUGGGGAGCAUACUGACCCACAAGUGAUUUCUAUCUUGAGAUCUAAUAGCAUUUCUGGUCUGCAAAUCUGUCUUAAUGAUGGAACAUGGGUUUCUGUUCCACCUGAUCAUAAUUCCUUUUUCAUCAAUGUUGGUGACACUCUCCAGGUAUUGACUAAUGGUAGGUUCAAGAGUGUAAAACAUAGGGUUUUAUCUGACACAACAAAGUCAAGGUUGUCGAUGAUAUACUUUGGAGGACCAGCCUUGAGUGAAAAGAUAGUGCCUAUAGCAUCACUAUUGUUGAAGAAUGAAGAAAGUUUGUACAAAGAGUUCACGUGGUGUGAGUACAAGAAAGCUAUGUAUAAUUCAAGGCUGGCUGAUUAUAGACUUGGGCCUUUUGAAAAAACUUAUGGCAAGUAAUUUUGGCACAUGCUAUUUGGACUUUCUUUUUGGGGGAUUCCUAUAGUUGACUCUACUUUUUUGACAUAUAUAUUUAUAGAAAAUGAAUAGGUUGUUUGUUUACCAUGUCAUUCCUUUUUAUAUUUUUGUUGUGUUUUUUUCCUUGUUUAUUUUAAAUGUAAAAGUCACUAUAUUGCAAUGAAAU